AUGGUCUAUCAUAGCUCUAGGGCUCGACACAUCCCCUGGGCUCCCGAGAGCCAGGAGGUCACCUCAUGCGGCAUCCCGAUCGCCUAUAACGCCUCCAAGGAAUGGGCCGAUAAGAAGGUCGUCCUUUUCUCUGUUCCAGGAGCAUUCACACCUACGUGCUCUGUUGAGCAUCUCCCGGGUUAUCUGAAGCGUCUUUCCGAAGUCAAGGGUAAAGGUGUUGAUGUGGUGGCUGUCGUGGCUUCCAACGAUCCGUUUGUCAUGAGCGCUUGGGGAAAAGCCAACGGUGUGAAAGAAGACAUGCUCUUCCUGUCCGACCCCGAUGCGCGCUUCGCGCAGCAACUCGGAUGGGCGAACAACGGCAGGACCGGUCGCUGGGCUAUGGUGAUUGAUCACGGGAAGGUAGUGUAUGCGGAUAUUGAGAAGGAGAAAGGUGUCAAGGUCUCUGGUGUCGAUGCUGUCCUGGCCCAUCUGUAG